UGUUUAAGCGGAGAGGUAAGUGAAAGAGCUGAGGCACUGUUUAAAUACUGAAACGAACUCCUUAGUUGUGCUGUCGAUGUUAUUAUGGCGAACAAACUUCAACCAGUGGAUGUACUUUUUACACUAAUGGGCCUGUGUCUACAAGUAUUGGCCAAAAAUGGUAAGAUAAGAUAAACAUGGUCAGGCAAUAAAUUCCCCAAAAAAAGUCGUUUUCGAAGCUUAUAGCGCAGCAAUCGUAAGUCGCCUAAACCGCCCGCCCGAUGAAUUUGCGCCAACCCUAUUUUCGGUAGUUUGACGGGUGUAAGGUGCAAGAAAACUUGCCGUGAACACAAAAUUGGCAUUGGAAACAAAAUAUUGCAUUUCAAGACAUAGAAGAGCUGUGACAAUGCAAGUCAUAUGCUUCCACCUUAAUUUCAAGGUUGGAAGCAAAUAACUUGUAUUAACUAGUGCCCUUAAAGUCAUAGUACACUGGAUUGCUUUCUUAUAAUCUCUUCUGACUGUUCAAAUGCACUAUUUUGUUGCUGUGAACCAACAUAAUCAAACAUUUCUAAGUAACUCCAAUCUAAUACUUUCAUUGCACUAAAAUUUUCUUCAAACGCAGCCCCCAAAUCAAGUUUCAUUUGCAUUAGUCGUUAAUAUAUUGUUUGUCUUAGCUUUCCAGAGAGCUUAUUUCGCAGUUAUUUCGAUCGUCUCUACCGGAACAGUUAACCAGCGCGUGCAUUUCAGUCGGUAAUUACCGGUAACAACCCAAAUUUUGUGGUCUUUUUAAGAAUUAACAGUUUUUCAGCACCGUCUAGAGAAGACCUUACAGAGUACGUAUUGUACCCUUAACCCUGCAUGCCUCUAGCACAUGAUUGGGAAUCUCAGUGAACUUUUAUAGUUUUACAAAUGAGUGGUUAAUACUGUUACACUUCUUGUUUAAUCUUGAUCGAUCGAUCCAUAUUACACAGAAAGUUACUUAUAACUUUAUUCAUUCCCAAGUUCGAACUAGGCAUGUCGAUGUUUAAAUUUAUAUAGCCCUUUAACUCUACCAAUAAAAACUUAUACGAUAGAAAAAGAUAAACAAGACUGAUGAUAAUCUUUCAUUAUUUAAAUAUUGAGAGCUUCAUAAUUCUAGUGUAGGCCGUCGACUUAUCAGCACCCACAGACGAAGCCAACAAAAUGCAGUUUUCAAUCCUUCCUGUUUUGUUUUUGGUUUUUGCAUUAUUUUUAGCAACGACGCCUAUAUUCAGCGGUAAGAGGUGUAUUAAGAUCGAAUUAGCUUUUUGGGUCUACUACAUUGUGGAUAAGGCGUAAAAUUUCCUUGGUUUUAGAUCUUAAAAUGUAUCUUUUUACCCUAGACAUUUGGUUAAAUAACCUUCACGGUUUUUUGUUGUUGUUGUUGUUGUUUUGUUUUUUUCUUUCUUUUCCUAACUGUAUUUUAUACUCCAAAUAACCUAACAUGACAGUACAAUAAAUUACAAUAUUAUUCAUUCGAAUUAUUUCAGUCAGUCUGAUUGCCUCAAAUCUCAAGUUUAAUCCCUCAUUACUACCUAGCAUAACCUAGCAAUGACAAAAAUUGGAAGACGUUCCCGAUAUCCUGAAAAUGAGGUCAGUAUGAUAAAACUGAACACCGAUACUAAGAUGAUACUAACCACCCCUUUACUUCCAAUGCAUUCAUUUGUAAUUUAUUAUAAGUAAUAUAAUUAUAAUAUAAUACCUAUGACAUUUCUUUUUGUCAAGACCUGGAGAUUGUUUACGAUUGCUCCAUUUACACAUUUCAUAUGAAGUCUGAGAUUACCUGGAAAAAAAGCAAGAAUCUGUGUGAGCAAAGUGGUAGCAAGCUUGUUUCCAUGGAACGUUUAACGGCUGAGUUGAGCUUCCUGACAAAUCAUUCAGAAAUCUUUAAAAUGAACACUACUCAAUAUUACAUUGGAUUAAAAAAGUAUGGCCAGAAGUGGGUAUGGAUAAGUGAUAACAGCACAUUAGAAGAGACUGAAACGGGGAAAUUUCCUUGGGCUACGGAUCAGCCAUCAGGAAAUGGAAAUUGCGCUAAAAUGUGGCGCAAAGAAAGUACGAGCCCGUGGACUUAUGUAUAUGACGACGCUAAAUGCACGUCCAUAACGACCAACAUUGGAUAUAUCUGUGAGAGGCCGUUGAAAUCUUUGGCAUGUGGUACAAAUGGUGAGUCGCUAGAGAUAGUGAAUCAUAUGCACACCAUGUUUGCUUGCUCUAGUACCGUCCAUCAAAUAAAAACUUAAUUAUGCACUAAUAAUAAGAUUAAACAGGAAAGCUCUUAAAAUCGUCGUUUAGUCUAGCUUGCUUGGAGACUAGAUAAGAAAUGAGGAGGUGAUUAAUUCUACAAGAAACAGGAUUUACUCGCUAAAGGUUUUUCACUUCCUAGUUAUUUUAUCGACGGUCAAGUAUUUCAGGAUAUUUACUUUUAUAUCGUACUCGACGAAAUGUUUCUCAAUUGAUUUAGUACGCGUGUUAGCGACGACCGGAGUUACGUUUGCGGUCGCAGGUUAUACGAGUGUGUCGGUUACAUGAAAAUUCAAAGGCCUCGAUUCGAGAGAAAUUACCUCACUGCCAAAGAUAAAAAAAACCUGACGAGAACAUGGCGCGUCAUUUCAAUCAUCGCCGAAAAUAAACCGCAUGCUCACCACAAGAUUCAUUUGCAUACAGUGACAGUUUGCAACACCCGAGCAGUUAGCCUUUUCAUAAUUAUAAUUCUCCUUUUCUUUCCGACCACCGAAGAGUUCACGUAUUGCAAAGUAAUCAACGUUUUCAAGCGAUAGAGUUCGUGGACAGAACCGUUCCGGAAAAGCUCUAAACCUAAGCUAACAAUUCUUAUUCCCAGUUUCCGCGGUCUCCGCUAGGAACGCCUGGGACGACAACCGUUGUUUUGUGCACUAAAUACGAAGAAAAAGCGGCUUGCAGAUCAUGAGUCUCGCUGCUUACGUAAGCGAGACUAAAAAGUAGAAAGCCGUUCAUAUCCACUCAUAGUAAAAUUUGUAGGCUUGACACUACAAGAGAUUCAGUGGUUUGGAGUUCAAGAUGAGCCAUUUCUCCAAUCUGUUAUGGGAAACCGUCAACGUCAUACAGGCGACAAGUUUCAAGUUAACACAUUGAAAUCAACAAAGAUGAUCGUUACUCUCCCGUAAAAAUUCAAAACUUUUUAAGACAUAGAUACCACAUCGAUAAAACCCAAAACAGAGCUACCGGAAUAUGAGUUGUUGGUAUGUUUUUGCUGAUCGGGUAUUCUAAGGAUCCUACGUUCUGCAGCAUAUAUAAUCGUUUAUCGUGGUCCUUUUGCAGUUAAUAUUGAAAAGUUUCAACCCUGUUUAACGAAACACGAUUUGUGACUUCGUAUGGAGGAUAAAAUCAGGUGACGGCAUAAUGCAACACUGCUUCAACGCGUACGAUAAAAUAUGUUAAAUUUUACUUUUUCACCAAAAACAAACCACAGGCGGCCCAAACUCACGUUACGAGGGAAGGGUGUAAUGUAAUUUACAUACCAUAGGUGACGCGCCGGUGUUGCGUUACAGGCGACCGUUGAAAAUAUAAGAGACUUUGUAUGAGAAAUAUAUUACUGAGAUCUGCGAACACUAAAUAACGCUAAACCUUACUUUUUCUUAAAUGAAAUGAAUAAAAAAGAGUUACCUGCAAUGUAUUCCACUGCAUUUUGGUGUUUGAUUGUCGUUUACUGGUUUUUUUUUGGCUUUAUUGCGUAACCACUGUUACUCCUUAACAAUUCAUAGAACGAAGUGAAGGCUGGCCACUUCGAUCUAUCAGGGUCCUGGACCAAGGGACCAGUCGCAACAAGAAUACCGUUUUUUCGCCGAAAUUCAAAUCCACUGCAAACUUUUCAGCUCCAGCUCAAGAGGGAAACGUCUUCUUCCUCUCUGGGAGAUCGGCUCGAAAAAAGAUCCAUAAUUUCCCCAUUAAAUCGAGCAAUUUGUGCCGGACGUCGAGGCACGUCUGGCUUCCGUCCAGUGCCUGUGACCACUGUUGCGCUUACCAACUAAUUUGCAUUAUGACAAUUAGCACUUACACGACGGGUGCCAGGGCGGAAAUGAUAUGUCAUCUAAGCUCUUGCACUGUGAAAAAGCGAGUGCUUGCACCCGUCGUGUGAGUGCUAAUUGUCAAUAAUGCAAAUUUGUUGGUAAACGCAACAGUGGUCACAGGCGCUGGACGAAAGCCAGACGUGCCUCGACGUCCGGCACAAAUUGCUCGAUUUAAUGGGGACAUUAUGGAUCUUUUUUCGAGCCGAUCUCCCAGAGAGGAAGAAGACGUUUCCCUCUUGGGCUGGAGCUGAAAAGUUUGCAGUGGAUUUGAAUUUCGGCGAAAAAAACCGCAUUCUUGUUGCGACUGGUCCAGGACCCCGACAGAUCGAAGUGACCAGCCUUCACUUUGUUCUAUGAAAAGAGUAACUGUGGUUACGCAAUAAAGCCAAAAAACUGUAAAACGACAAACAGACACCAAAACGCAGUGGAAUACAUUGCAGGUAAGUCUUUUUUAUUCAUUUCAUUUAACAAAAAGUAAGGUUUAGCGUUAUUUAGCGUUCGCAGAUCUCAGUAAUAUAUUUCUCAUUCAAAGUCUCUUACAUUUUCAAAGGUCGCCUGUAACGCUACACCGGCGCAUCACCUAUGGUAUGUAAAUUACAUUACGCCCUUCCCUCGUAACGUGAGUUUGGGCCGCCUGUGAACAAACCUUAUUUAAAAAAUUCAAAGUCUUAAUACACCGUCCUGAGAUACUCAUAAAUAUUUUAUAAAUGAUUCAGUGUGUUCAGUCUGAUCUUUAACCUGCUGGAUACAUUCAUUCAUUGUAUUUAGUUUUGCGAUAGCCUGUUCACAGACCCUCUAUUCUCUCUUCAAAGUCUGUCGAGCGCGGGUGACAAAAUAUAAACCGCAGGGGCUUUAUUGACCGCCAACGCAAGGGGGUAAGGGUGGGGAGGAGAAGAAAAUAGACGGUCUGUAGAGUCUGGGAGCAAUCGAAACUUGCUUUUUCCAGGAAAAGCAAGUUACCAUUGACUGAACGGCGAUUAUCCUGUCAUCAUAAUGUCAACGACUCAUCACGCUCGCGUAAUGCGAGUAGAAGCGUUAACCGGGACACUUAAUUGUAAUUUGCAUAAACAAAUAACAUCGAUUGAAAGCGCCGCUGACCUGUGAACCUGGCAUAGAGACAUAAUACAAGCUUGUGUUGACCAUUUUCACCAUAAUUAUCUUUUGUAUCGGAGUGUAGACUAUGGAAAGCGUGCUUCGACUGUUUGGCACAAUUUUCAAGCAUAUACGUGCACAAAGAAGAGCAGUGUCAGGCUGUUUUGGGUUUACUGGAAAACGAGGAAUGUAGUUACAUCACCAUUACGAAGUAUUAUCAAUGAUCAAGUUGAAGCAAUGAGGGUAGCUGGCAUUUCAGCCAUUGCAUUACCUUGUUGCGGAACCAUGAGGUGAUGCGUACAUUCUGUUUUUUAAAAAGCGAAAGCUAUCAUCGUCGUGCUCGCUUUCUUAAAAGCUGGCUUUACUCACUCAAAAAAAAAAAGAUUCUCUGUAGCUUUACGGGAACGGGACGAUUACCCAGUAAUAUCGACGUAUAAACAGCACCCACAUAUCCUACAAUAAUUUGAUGGGCCGAUUUGUUUCGGCUUCGGACCUCUUUUAGCCGGCUUUUUUUGGCGUAGAAACGCGACUCCGAGUGCCACUGGUGUUUGAUUGUAAAAUUCUUAAAAGUGAGUACGGUAAAAGCGGAGGUAAUAAUGAUGAGGCGUUGACAUGAGGGAGGGGCUUAAUAAACCUCAUUUUUUCCAAAGAUGUCUAGAGACAUUCUUUAUUUUUCUUUCUCGCGCGCUCGCCGAUUGUUUCGAAAAGAACGGAAAGAAAAAUAAAACAACGUCUGUGUACAGGCGAGUUUUGAGAUGAACAGCUAAAGCCUUCCUUUAUGGUUACACGGCAGUGCACAGUCUCUUCUGCAUUGAUUAUGAAAGUACAGAUGCAGUUAAUUUACUGACAUCAUGUCGAACCCAUGCAUUUGCUCGAUUUGUACUACAGAGCGUAGAACUUCGUCUAAGCAAUUCUCUUUUUAGAGAGGACAACUAAGUCACCAAAGCUGCGGAAAACCACAGUACCUUCCCCAGUCGGUGGAUCAUCUGUUGGGACAGCCAUAAUGAAACGGUCCACAUCGUCUUCACAGAGUUCUAUGACAAUGGUAACGAAAGGUAAGCCAAUAACACCGUAAAGCAAAUCAGUGUAGUACUUAGCAAUUCCUGCUUAUGGAUACAUGGCUGUUUUCACGCCUCCUUUACUGGCUACCGUUUUAACGUGUCCGAGCUCACUGAGUAGUCGUUCCCGGGCAAAGGCAGUACCCAAGUAACUGCAACAUUGAUCCUUUUUUGGUGAACAUACUCUUUGAUUUGUUCUUCAGAUAUGCAGAUCAUCGGCAGUAUACAAACUGAACCAUUUCGUGUUAAUCCUAUAUUAAUGGUUGCCAAGAGCGGAUAAUUUCUUGCAUAGCUCAAUGUUUUGACAUUCGGCUACACAGCUAGUCAUUGCACGUCAAUGGCUUUUUUUCCUCAUACUGAAGCAUUAGAACCAACAAACAAUGUCAAAUCCUCAGUGGUUCAGCUGUUCAGUGUUAGAGAGUCAAGAACACUUCCCGAACCGACCUCACUGAGAAAGUCUAUCAUGCCUAUGACCAAUACAAAUCUAACAGAUUAGUUGUUAUUGUACUUAGCCUAAAGGGGGCAAAGUGGUUGGCCUUGUUUUAGUUUUUUUUUUUCCGCACUUUUUCUCACAGAUCUUGCCAAGAUUUCACUCCAACAAAAAUGGCUCAAUAGGUUUGGAGUCUGACUCAAUAAUUGUUGAGAAUUUUGGAUUGCUUUUAAUGUUUUUAAUGAAUAAAAUCAGGGGAGGUGCUUGGAGUGAUUACUUUUAAGGAAAAAUUUAAAAAAUGCUGGAUUUAGGGUCAUCGGGAAUUAAAAGCAACGGUAAUAAUUUGUAAAAAAUAACCAGGUAGUCCAAUACCAGUACAAGGUACCAGAAAAACCAUGAUCUUCUUUUAAUGUAAAUUUCUGAAAUUCUCAACUCGACAAAAACAAAAACGGACAAGCAAACCAAACCAACCAGAUUACACCCUUAAGGUUAAUUACCUGGGUAUAAUUUGGGUGUUUCCACGUGAAUGCUCAUCAGUCAUUCAUUUUUACCCUUCGGGAUAACACCAGCAUAUCACUUAACUGUUUUUACGAACUUGGUGUGCUCUUCAAGGAAACCGGCUACGUGUUACUUACAACACUUUUUCAAAUCGGCUUAACUUUGGACAACGCCCAAGGGGAUGUAUUAUGGUUUCUUAAAGUUUUAAAAGUAAGUCUCAAAUUUUACUUUAUUUGUCUUUCCCUUGGCAGGGGUACUUCCAGAGGGCAUCUUGCAUGAAUCUCCCGAUUUCACUACAAUCAUCUUAAUCCUGCUAGCUGUUAUCAUACUGGUUGUUUUGAUUGUAUUGUUCUUCAUUUUUACUCGCCGGCGUCGCAACAACAAGACAAAAGGUACCUUUUGUUAUCUUCUAUACUGAAUAAUAUUUGGUUUCCAAAACUCUGAUUUAAUCGCCGAACCAAAUGAUGUUUUUGAAAAUAUGGGAAAAAAUAAUAAAACAAACAUGUAUGGGUUUAGUUUCGUAAAGAAACUCUGGUGCUGUGUUGGUGGGGGAUUUAAAUACAGAAGCUGUUGAAGCUGUUAAUACAUAGGCGUACGGGCAAUUUUUGGCUUGGUUGGGGGGCGGGGGACGAUAAACUAUAUGCCCAAAAAAUUGUCGCAAGUUGCUCAGAAUUUUACGAAACAGUAAAAAAGAAACGAGGGUCAUAAGAUGCACUAACAUAGGCCUACAUAUGAAGUGAAAAUAUGCUUACAUAUGAAUCUAUCAUAUGAGCUCAUAAAACACGUUAAAAGAAAUAGCUGUCUUUGCCAUUUUGGUGGCUGAAGAUAUCAAUGAUACGAUCAUGUUACUGACGAUGUUACGGACUCGUUGUUGCCCUACGGUGACGCGGAGGUAAGUUUUCAAUCUGCGCAACGCACUGAACGGAUCGUUCUGCAGAACACAAUGUAGCAGGUAUCACUCCAAGGAUAUGUACCACAUUAGAAAACACGCGAAACAUAUCAAAUAGAUUAUUCUCGUGCAUUGUCUUCAGAAUUUCUGGAAGAGUCAUGUAGCCUAAUCCGCGGUCACGACGAAAAGUCGCGUACAUUUUCUGCUCGGCUUCGAGAAUUUUGCCGUCGAUUUUGUAAAAUUUAGCAACGCGGGAGAAGCCUUCUUUACCAGGUGUUUCACUGUCGCAGAUAUUUCCCAAAGCAUUUCCUGAUCAUUUCCGCUAAACCUGAGCUCAAGCUCCGACCGCACCUUGUCGAUCCUGUACGCAUAGUCAAUGUUAAUACGGUGGAAACAAUGAAUAAUAUGUGCUUUUUCUGCUUCACUGUACUGCGGCACACUGUGCAGGGUCUGAAUGGUCAUGUCGGCAUUUCUACGACCGGAAAUGAUUCUAGAAAGUUAUGCGGAAGUUGAUUGUGAUCAAUUCACGACUGAAAAUACCCUACACCAGCUGGUGCAGUGUAGUACAGUGCCCAACAAUAAACCAGAAACUCACCACUUGCUAGGCAACCACGCAGACUUCAGGUUAAAAUAGAAAAUAUCUAUCUCUUCGAAGCAAAAAAAAACAUGGAAACUUCUUAAAAACUGGCUUUGCCCCAAUUUCUCUUGCUGCCCAAAAAAUCUGAGUUUGCUCAAAAUUUGGAGGGGGGGCUGCAGCUUCCCCGGCCUGUACGCCUAUAUGUAAAUAAAUUCGCAACAGAUUUGGGAUUCCUUUGCAAUGGUUAAUUCCCUUUCGGAAUUUUAGUUGUUGUUGUUGUUGUUUUUUUUUUUUUCACAUUGAAAUUAUCCCUCUUAAGCAUUUCUUCUUUAAUUUGUAUGCACAUCAAGAAUAUUAUUUUACACUUAGGCUAUCUUCACACUAUACCGGACAGCUUGUCGUGCAGACACGAAAAGAUGUCCAGUGUACUUAUCUGCUGUAUAACUUUGCACUUUAGAGAUCGGCUCGGGGCAGUUUCGCCUCAUUACAGAAAUCGCACCGAGAUCAUCGUUCUUAUGUGUGAAACGAAGCCCUAUCCAGAAUAUGGUUUUCGUGCAGGCGCGAAAGAUAUCCGGUAUAAUGUGAACAUAGUCUAAUAAUAUUCAUUAUGCACGUGAAGUUUUUCAUACAUUGUGUUUUGUUAAAGUUUUGUCUUCAAGAAAACAAUCCAGUGACCAAACUCAUUACCUGCAUAGCUCCUCCAAACUUACAGUUCAUUUCAGUAUGUCACAAGCACAGGAAGAGGUUAUUACAAUUAAGACUCUCGGAGAAGACAACGAAGAGCACGCCUAUGCAGUUGUAGAUGAGAGUAAGCGAAAAUCCAAGUGUGACCAAGAAGGUCCAUCCAGCUCCGAAGUAGGAGAAGUUCGACCGCCCUCAAAAGAUGAGCACAUUACAGCAGACCAAUCUGUAUUGAAGGAGAAUACGGAGAGGUGUGGUAAAGACAACGAUCGAGAGGAAAAGGGGCAUCACGUUUACGCCAACGUGCUUGUUAAAGAAAGUGAGGCGAUGUUUGGUAAAGCAUCAGUUUCUCGGGAUGAGGGCCUGGGCGUUACCUGCACAGAAGAGAGUUCGACUGUUGGUGAGAAUCCUGUGGAGGAUUUGAAUCCUUUAUCUUUGGAACAAGGAAAGGAAAUGAACAGCAACGAGGCUACGAGUGAACAGGAUCCAAAGAGCAAAACUGAGUGCAACGAUCACUUUUAUGCACUUUUGUUGACAAAUCCAAAAAGAAACGAAUGGCUCCUGAGGUAGGUACUUUUAACUACCCUAACUAGUUCCUAUUGAUCGCGAAUGAUCAUGUGUUCAACAUUACCUUGUUUAAGGAUGCUAGGGGAAUUUUUACACCCUUUAUUAUGUUUAACGAUAGUUUCAUAGAAUCGGUUAUGAAGACCAUCGGACUCCCUUGCUACAUGGUUUUGUGGCACUGACAGUGCACAACGUUCAAUCAGCAUUUCUAUCAUUUUGAUGCGGUUACAACGAAAACAUGGCAUUUAUUCAUUCAUUCACAUUUUGUAAGGAUUUUGCACCAUGAGAGAGCUUCCAAAAUAAACUGUGGGAUCUUAGACUUUUCUAACGCUGUGGCUAUAUACAAGGCAAUCGCGAGGGGUCUUAAGAAAACUAAAUGCCCGGCAGUCAGAACAUUUUCUAGAAUUUCUGCAAAAACCCUUUUUCUAAUCGUUUGAAAGUAUUCUAUCUUCAUUGAGAAUUACCAAACGAUCAGGAAAACAAGAAUGGCUUCGCAGCUGAGCGGUUGUGGUUUCUUGGGCAUAGAGCAGAGUCGAGCUGUUUCGGCACUUAGAAAACUGAUUUCGUGAGAACAAGUGCUUGACUCACAGGCACGUUUUCAUCCAAACUAAAUACCCGGCAGACUUUAUUAUAUGUUUAACGGUUUAUUGAACCCUUUGUACCCGCUUGGCUACUCUGAGAGUCGAUGAAAUAAUUUCAAUGGUGGCUAUAAACCGCUAUAAAGAGAAACUUUAUGUUGAAACGGACUAACGGGUAUUUAGACUGAUUAGAAAACCGUGCCCGUGAGUCGACCACAACAUAGGCUAUGAAUUCAAAACCAAGUGAUACCUAACCUCUGGUUAAGAAACUCUGUCCGCGUUUCUCGUCAUUCACUAAUUCUAAACCAUGAUAGAAUAUUUUGAGGAGAAUUGGCAUAAAUUUUUCAAAAUUAGAGGAACGCUUUCCCAAGAUUCAGUGGCGCUACCAGUCUAUCAAGCUGUGUCGAGAGUCUAGCUCAAGGUGGCUCGAGGUUGCGAAAUGAUUUUUCAAAAUCAAAGCACUCUCUCUCCGAUUGUUUUGGAAAACUAAUGGAAGCUAGUAUUCAUGUUUUCUGGAGCUUAAGAGAAGGCUUUUUUACUUUCCAGCUCCGCUUUCAGGCUGCCGGGUAUUAAGCCUGUGUGAAAUCGUGCCCGUGCCUCACGCUCGCGAAAUUUUUCAAAGUGUCGAAACAGUGUCGACUCUACUCUAUGCCCAAGCAACCACAUUUCUCAGCUGCGAAGCCAGUUUUGUUUUCCUGAUCGGUUGGUUAUUCUAAAUGAAGAUAGAAUACUUUCAAACGAUUAGAAAAAGGGAUUUUGAUUGCCAGACAUUUAGUUUUUUGAGGCCCUUCCCGGCUGCCAGCAAUAUAGCCACAACGCUUCUUUCUUUCUUUUUGUUUUUAGAUUGAUUUAUUAUUAUAACUAUUAUCAUUUAUUUUUAAACAGAAACCACUCCCUUACUGCAGUGGCCACCUAG